CUGUGCACGCCCCAAACAGGAAAGGAGAAAGGCACGCGAGCAAGUCUGUGGUGUCGAGUAUUCUUUACUUCAGACUCUUUUCUAUUUUAUAAAGUGUGUAUCUUUAUUCGGAUUGCAGAAACGAGUCCUCGUGUUUUGGCGUUGGCUGCUGGACCGCAGUUAAGUAGUCGGGUCGUGUCUCCGGAAAGGAGAGCAGGCGGCUUCAAAGAACCGUCGAGAAACACAACGGGAAGAAAGAGAAAUUGAAUGUAACAACUGGAUUUAUGUGAUGGAAGAAACGGGCAACACAGGUGUGAAUACCAUGGAGAAAAAGAUUGUAAACAUUAAGGAAGAGGAGGAGGAGUGUGAAUGGGGAUUUCUGCACCCUAAACAGGAGAGCCUGUACAUUAAGGAGGAGGAUUAUGAAACAGGGUUAGUGAGCAUUAAAGAGGAGCCUUUUAUCAUUGAGAACCGAAGAAAUACAAUUGAGGAUGGCGUCAAGAAAGAGGAUCUCCCAUCAGAAUGUGCCUUUCAGGAUGGAGCAAUAACUGGAUUUGCCCCCCAGCAUUUAUCUCUGGAGCCUUCUGUGUGUGUCAAGUCUGAAUCAUUCAUAGCAGAGACAAAGACGAUGGUGGAAAAAUCAUCGGAGAGAAUGACAGCCGACGAUCAGCCAUCAUCUACAAAUCAGUCUGGAGAAAGUUUACAUAAAAGUGACAGCUUCCCCCUAUCUCCCAUUACUUGGACCCCUCUUCAGGGUCGACCACAUGAGCAAAAUGUGAAAAAAUCGCCCUCUGGAUCAACAAUUUUUGUAGUGGCCUCUGCUCCUUGUGGAUCUUGGCCUGUUGUCGGCCUAACAAGCUUAGACGCAGCUGGCCAUAAUCAAAAGGUGAACAACAACAGUACAAAUCUCCACCAAGAUAUGAAGACAAGUGUUAAACGCAAAGAUUUUCAAGGGUCUCAUAUGGAACAGAAGCUACAUUGCUGCUCUGAAUGUGGCAAAGGAUUUACCUAUAUGAGCAAUCUUAAAAGACACAUGAAAAGUCACACUGGGGAGAAGCCAUUUUGUUGCUCUGAAUGUGGCAAACGAUUUCAAAUGAAGGGCGACCUUCAGAGACACCAGUCAAUCCACACAGGGGAGAAGCCAUUUUGCUGUUCUGAGUGUGGGAAAGCAUUCAUAACAAGUUACCGUCUUCAAGAACACUCAAGAAUUCACACUGGAAGCAAACCGUUUCGCUGUUCUGAUUGUGGGAAAGAGUUUUCAGCAAAAAGCAGUCUAGUGGUACACCAAAGGAAUCAUACUGGAGAGAAGCCGUACCAUUGUUCUCAGUGUGGCAAACGGUUUUUGAAAACGAGCAGCCUGACAACCCACAUGAGAAUUCACACGGGUGAGAGGCCAUACUGCUGUUCCGAAUGUGGCAAACAAUUUUCAAAAAGGAGCUCCCUUACGGCCCACAUGAGAACUCACACCGGAGAGAAACCGUACUGCUGUUUGGAAUGCGGCAGACAAUUUUCCGUAAGGAGAAGUCUGGUGGCACACGAAACGACUCACACCGGAGAGAAGCCGUACAGCUGUGCCGAUUGUGGCAAAGGAUUCUCACAAAGAGGCAGUCUUCAGACCCACAUGAGAUCUCACACUGGGGAGAAGCCAUACACUUGUGUUGAUUGUGGCAAAUUACUUUCUUCGAGGAGCAGCAUUCAAGAACAUGCGAAAAUUCACAAGGGAGAGAAGCCACACUGCUGUCCCGACUGUGGCAAGCGAUUUGUAAGAAGGUGCGUUCUUCAGAGACACAGAAGAGUGCACACGGGAGAGAAGCCGUAUUGCUGUUCUGAAUGCGGCAGAAAGUUUGUGUAUUUGAUCAGUCUUGAGAGACAUGUUGCAAUUCACCGGGAGAAAGAGUUGCAUUCUUGGGCCCAUAGCCAUCGCCACACCAGGAAGUGCUGCCAGAGGGUCAUCAUGGAGCAUCUGGAGCACACCCGGACAAGGGACCCAGUGCCUGCCCUAGAGAAGCAGCCCCAUAGCAUGAUGCUCCCCCACCCCACCAUGCUUGGUGGGUGGCCUGACCUUGGCCGCUUCACCGUGCUUCCAGUUGUCUUCCACUUCGCUGUGAUGGCCUUCACAGUGGACACACUGAGGCUAAGGAGCUUGGCAGUCUUCUUGGCACCAUCGCCAUCUCUAAACGUCUUAAUCCCAGCGACGAGCGCCUUUGACUGGUGGGCGGUACGCUGGAGAUGGUUUGCGAGACUCUUUGAAAAGCAUAGCGUCGCAUCACAACACACAGAGGCAGGAGCAAAGGAGCAGCAGCUGCAGUUGACCGUAAACGUCAAAACGAACCUGAUGGAGAAAAGGACUGGCGGCGUUAAAGAGGAGGACUGUGCCUGGGAGCCCGUCCACCUCAAACGGGAGAGCCUAUCCAUUAAAGAUGAGGAUUGUGAAUGGAUGACCGUGGGCAUUAAAGAGGAGGCCAAAGAGACAUCUGUCAGCAUUGAGAUGCAGAAGCAUAAAACGAUGGCAGGUGUCAAGGAGGAAGACCUCCAUUCAGAGCCGGCUCUUCGUUAUGGGUGUCAGGAUGGAGCAGUGACCAGGUUAGCGUCCCCUCAAAGUGGGCACGGCUCAUCUCUGAAGCCUGCUAUCGAUGCGGAGGACAAAAGUUCAUCUGUUAAAACUCGGGAGGAUCAGCCACCAUCUACAAUUUGGUCUGGAGAAGGAAACAAACAUCACUGCUGCUCAGAAUGUGGGAAACGAUUCUGUCAUAGGAGUACUCUUUCGAGACACAGAAGAAUUCACACAGGAGAGAAGCCGUAUUGCUGUAAUGAAUGUGGCCAGCGAUUCUCGCGAAAGAACAACCUGAAGAGACACACGAGAAUUCACACCGGAGAGAAACCCUACGGCUGUUCGGAAUGUGGCAAGCAAUUUUCACUAAAGAGCAACCUUCUGGCCCAUACAAGGUCUCACACGGGAGAGAAGCCGUAUCGCUGUUCUGACUGUGGGAAACAUUUCUUGAAAAUGAGCAAUCUUAAGACCCACAUGAGAAUUCACACAGGAGAGAAGCCCUACUGCUGUUCUGAUUGUGGGAAACAGUUCUCACGAAUGAGCCAAAUUCGGAGCCACCAAAGAAUUCACACCGAAGAGAAGCCAUGCUGCUGUUUGGAAUGUGGCAAACGGUUUGCACAUAUGAUCAGUCUUAAGAGGCACACUGCAGUUCACUCGGGAGAGAAGCCGUACUGCUGCUCUGAAUGUGGAAAACAGUUUUCUUUGAAGUUGACUCUUCUGGUACACAUGAGAAUUCACACCGGAGAGAAGCCAUUUAGCUGUUCCGAAUGUGGGAAACAGUUUUCACAAAGAAGCAGUCUUUGGAGCCACAGCAAAAUUCACACGGGAGAGAAGCCGUACUGCUGUUCUGAAUGUGGCAAACAGUUUUCGCAGAGGAGCAGUCUUCAGAACCACGAAAAAAUCCACAUGGGAGAGAAGCCAUAUUGCUGCUCUGAAUGUGGCAAAGGAUUUUUGAAAAUGAGCAAUCUCCGGAGCCACAAAAGAAUUCACACGGGAGAAAAGCCGUAUGAUUGCUCUGAGUGUGGCAAACGAUUUGCGCAUGUUAAUAGUCUGAAGAGGCACAGUACAGUUCACACAGGAGAGAAAAUGUUUGGCUGUUCUGAGUGCGGCAAGCGAUUUUCACGUAUGAGCAGUCUUAAAAGACACACUACGCUUCACACAGGAGGAGUUCAAAACCCUUGACCAACAGAAAAGGAAGAACAAAUGUAUAGAUCACAUCGUAAAGUGUGCAGAACAACUGCUCUGGUGUCUUGUGGAUGGGCAGCUACCCCAAGAAUAGCUUGACUGAGGGACAAGCACCAAAUCAUGAAUGUGUAGGGUGGCUUUCUGACCCCAGAAACGUUUCCCAAUACCUCCUGCUUAAAACUCAAAAAGCCAGAGGUUUGUGUGACCCCGCUUUGACGGUCAGUACACAUUCUGAAAAUUAAGAUCAGGUGAGAUCGAGCGACACACAAGGUGGCUUAAGAAGACAAUAAGAAUUAAUAGGUAAUUCUAAUAACUGAUACAGCCGGAAAUGGUAAACCAUCUCCUUGUCGUUUGCAGGGUGCUGACAGUCAAAGACAUAAAGUAGCUAAACUUCUUCUUUGGAAAAUCCUCAAAAAAUAAACUUGCUUGCGUCACAGAGACCCCCCAUGGGUCCACACUCCAGACAGAAUCACAAAAUAUAAGGAGGUGUUAGUCAGUGGGUGUUCUACCUAAAGGAAAAUGAAGGCAGAAUUUUAUGAAAAAGGAUUGGGAGAUAAAAUGUUAAAAAUCAAGUCAACUUUGUUAAACCAAAGCCAAGCUGUCUUCAAACCAAAAGGUAGUUGCAAAACAAUCAAAGUAAAAAAAAAAAUACAAUAAAAGUAAAGUACAGUGUAGGACAGAAAACUGAAGGGCUUUAUCUGGCUGUGCAGGAGUAGUUGGCAUGCGCACCAGUGUGUCGUGUAAAACACUUGGAGAGUAGAUUUCAGAUCCAAACUUUAAUAUGAAGAUAUACAGUGUAGAUGUGUUUUGUGCGUGGUCGACAAUGAAAAGUUAAAACUAUUAUGAAUUCUCAAAGGGCGGCACGGUGGCGCAGUGGUGGCGCUGCUGCCUCGCAGUUAGGAGACCUGGGGUUCGCUUCC